CCAAAUUUACAAAAUUAAUACUGAAAGAACCCUAAAAUCCAGAUAUCUCCUCGUUCUCCCAUUAAAAAAACCCAACCUUCUUCUUGAUAAAAGAAGAGAUAAACUCAAUCGUUUUCCCAUUAAAUUUAGAAAUGGAAGCUUUUGAUAUGGCAGUUUGUUUCGACGACAAGUUAUUGGACUUUGGCUCCGAUGUGGGAGAGAAAGAUGAAGAAGAUGAACACAGCUUCUCGAAGCUUAACCCUAACCCUUCUUGUCCGGAAUUUGCAGAGGAAGAACUAGAAUGGUUAUCAAACAAGGAUGCAUUUCCAGCAGUGGAGACAUCAUUCGUGGAUAUAUUAGGGAAGCACCAGAGCCCGGUGUCAGUACUCGAAAACAGUAACAGCAGCAUUUCAGGUAGCACCACCGGGAACGUUGUGAUGUUCCCGGUGAAGGCGAGGUCGAAGCGUAUGCAUAAAUGCCGGGACAUGAGGAACCAGAAGAACAGGUGGUGGUGUGUUAAGGAGAAGGUGAAGAGGGUGAAAGGGGGUCGGAAAUGCCUGCAUUGUGGGGCGGAAAAGACACCUCAAUGGAGAGCAGGGCCGCUUGGGCCUAAAACACUCUGCAAUGCUUGUGGAGUGAGGUAUAAGUCGGGGCGUUUGGUGCCGGAGUACCGUCCGGCAAGCAGCCCUACUUUCUCCUAUGAGUUGCACUCCAAUUCCCACAGGAAGGUUUUGGAAAUUAGGAGGCAGAAGCAGUUGGGAGUUUCUGUAAUCAAGCCUAUGGAUAAAAGGUAGUGUUCUUGUUACAUGAGCACUCUUGAUCAUAGAUUUAAAUUGUGAUUGCGAUCCCAUUUUCAGCUACAUUACAUUAAUCAUAAUUGCGAAUAUAACAUAUGUUAUUGUGAUCAUUACGGAUAUCACGA